AUGUCAGGUGAUACACAAUAUUCUCCCUUCUCCCCGGUUGGUGAUAAAACCGAGGGUGAAUUAUCAUCAACCCUCAGCAACCUCCAGAUUCAAAUCGCCAUCCAAGAUCCCAAUGCCAUCACUUGUUUAGCCCACCUCAAACUCAUCCACGCCUUUGCAAAACUCAAAGAGUCCAUCGGUUACACGGAUGGAUUGUUCGGACUAUGGGACAGCCGAGCCCGGUACAAUCGCUUCAAGGCCUCACCACGGUCAUUGAAACAAGGGCCGGGCUUCAACAUUAUCUCAGACCACAGUAAGAGCCUUGCCUUGAGCAAACUUCGUGAGAAGCGAUGGGCCAUCUACGUCGCUCGUGCCGUUGAUAGGUAUGAAGCUUGGUGGUCAUCCAUGUUUCAGCUGUCGUUGAAGACGAGCCAAUUGUCUGAGGCACUUUCUCCUGCACACGAAGCGUUUCCUGUUACUGGUGGUGUUCUCGACUGGAACAACAUGGUUCUUCCGCCACUUGACGUUCUCAUGGUUCUGCAUACACAUAUGCUCAACCCCCGGCUGUUCCUAGAAGACUGCAUGCGUUACGGCGCCCGAGAGUUCUGGGCAGCUGGCAUGCCAUGGGAAAAGAUCAACGCCGCAAUCGAUAAAAACUUCAACUACAUCCAGUCCGAAGAGAGGAAAUCCAUCUGGAGUGCCAUGUGUGCUCGAAAUUGGGACAAUACCCAAGACACGAUGCACAAGCUGAUGGACUGCCCAUCUUGUCGAGCCUCUAUUCCCGUUCCAUGGACGACUUGUGGGAUGAAUGAGGGGCCAGUUGAUAACGACCGAGACGGGCUUGUCGGUACGGGCUAUGCCGACGGAAACUUUUCCUUUGACUGUACAACCUGCGGCCUCAACAUCAACCACGAUGUUCUGUCCAUCGACCGGUUCUUAAAGGAUUGCGCCCACCUUCUCGAGACCGACACUCCAAUGCGCGGAACCAUUCUCGACAUUGAGACUGGACGCCCUCAAAAAGCACAACCUGAAGAAGAUGACACUCCAAAUCCUCGCGUGCUAGCGAACGACGCGUUGAAAGACGGCCUCGGGAAACAACUCCUCCAGCUAUCCGGAAGCUCUUCAUCUCCACUGGAGCUCUAUAAAAAGUCUUCCAUCGGCUGUCGAAUAAUACUUCUCAAGUAUCACAGCAAUGCCAGCCCCUUCGCCCUCGCGCUAGAGGGGGCCGUCCUUCGGCAGUGUAUCUUCAUCGACGACAUGACGAGACUGGACUGGAUUCAUCAAGCAUCCAACACCAGUAUCAUGGAGAAUCUUCUCAUCAAGUACAAUCGCUUUUUCGAUAUCAUGAAAGAAAACCCAGAGUCUCUUGCAGUACCAACUCUUGAUAUCGACUUGGCAUGGCAUACUCAUCUUCUCAGUCCUUUCGCCUACUAUCGAUACUCGAAUCAGUUGACUGAGAAGUUGAUUGAUCAUGCCGACAAAAUUGACGAGGUCAGAAUUUGCAAGGGGUUCAAGUGGACAAAUGAGAUGUACCAGAGCAAAUAUGGCGAGGUCUACACGGAAUGUUCCUGCUGGUACUGCGAGAUCGACGAGAAGUUCCACCAGUCAGGACUUUUUGAAGCAUGCCCAGCGGAUAGGUCGCCUCACCUCUCCUCACACAACUCGGUCAAAAUACAAGCCCCAACCGAAAAAGACUGGCGCUGGCAACAAUACGAACGAGCCCGUGAUAACCGUACUCAUCGACUCCAUAAGGGUUACGACAAGCUCUGUCGACGAGCUAAAAAGAAUGGUCGACCGGUGCCACCUAGGAAAACAUCCCGCAAUCAUUGGGGGCAUGUGGAUGACAGUAUGUUCUCUAACCAUCACUUGAGCGUGAACUAA